AUGUCCUCUCCCGAGUUAAAUGGUCUCAAUGAGAAAGAGCUCGACGACAACUUAGCCACAGACAGUCCGGUCGAGCUGAAUGAAGCUGCCGACAAUGACUACGACCACACUCAUUCAAGCGGGACGUCUCCGGAACUGGGUGCAAACGGAGUCUCUAAUGGCCACCAAAAUAGCCAUGUCGAUGUCACUGGUUCCGAAACGGAAGGAGAGCGCGAGGGCACAGACGAGGAGGUCGACGCUGAGGGCUCUGACGAGGAUAGAGACGACGAGGAAGACGACGAGGAGCCCGCGCUCAAGUAUCAGAGGUUUGGUGGAAUCGCGCAUAGCCUUCUUCAAAAAGAUGCUGGCUCCGCACUGGCAUAUGCGAACCAACGGGUCGCACUGGGAACUCACGGUGGCAUGGUGCACAUUUUGGACCUAUCUGGACAACAUUUGAAGUCGUUCAGCUCACAUUCCGCUUCUGUGAGCGACAUUUCCCUGGAUAUCACCGCAGAGUUUGUCGCUAGUGCGUCAAUCGACGGACAGGUCAUCGUACAGUCGCUCUCUACAACUGAAACUUCCACGUUCAAUAUGAAACGUUCUCUGCGGACUGUGGCACUGGAGCCUAAUUUUGCUAAGAGUAGCACACGGUCUUUGGUGUGUGGUGGCAUGGCAGGCGAUCUGGUGCUACACGAGAAAGGCUGGUUGGGCUACAAGGAGACGACACUACACUCGGGAGAGGGUCCUAUCUGGCAAGUCAGAUGGCGAGACAGGUUAAUCGCCUGGGCAAAUGACUUGGGCGUGAAAAUAUACGACACCGUGUCACAGACUCGUAUCACCUUCAUAGACAGACCAGCCGACAGUCCGCGCGCCGACCUUUUCAAGUGUACUCUCCAAUGGCAAGACGACUCUACCCUGCUAAUAGCAUGGGCGGAUCAUAUCAAGGUUGCACGUAUCCGUGCUCGUCCGCGCAGCGUAACUACCUCCGCCUCAUCACAUCAACCGCCUUUCCUUGCUGAGAUCACAGCGGUAUUCCAGCUUGAUUGUAUGAUUGCAGGCAUAGUUUCGCAUCCAACACCAUCAAUAUCUGUUCCCCCUCCACCGGACACUGCUAGUGUCACUUCUGCACCUUCAAGGCAUGCGCCUAGCUUGUCUACAUCCUCUGUCGCUCCUCCUCCUUCCCUCACCUCGUUCCUUAUACUCGCAUACACACCACCCGACACUUCUCUCCUUACAGGGAAUGAAGCCACAAUGGAUCGCGCAGAGCAAGCGCGCAAAGCCGCUGAGCGUCCUGACCUCCGUAUCAUCUCGCGCGCAGGAGAGGAGCUCGCAGCUGACGCUCUAAGUAUCACCGGGUUCGAGAGGUGGAGCUGCAACGACUACGUGCUGGUGGAUAUCGAAGCUGGCACUGUCGUAGCUGGCAGUGGGAACGCAGGCGAGAGGUACUAUCUCGUACUGAGCCCGAAGGACAUCGUAGUAGUUAAGCCAAGGGACUGGAGGGACCAUGUAGCGUGGUUGGUGGAGCGAAAGCAGUUCGAGGAGGCGCUAGACACGAUUGAACGCCAGACGGCCUUGGGUUUAACUCUCUUACCUGGGGAGGACACGGUGAAUCCUGUCCACAUCGGCCAGCAAUACAUCGAACAUUUGGUCGGCGAAGGCGAGUUUAUCAAAGCUGCACAGUUGUGCCCCAAAGUUUGUGGACGAGACACGAAGCGUUGGGAAAACUGGAUAUUCGUAUUUGCCCAAAAACACCAACUACAGACAAUUAUACCUUAUGUACCCACCGAGUCGCCGACACUUGGACACAUGGUUUAUGAGAUGAUCCUGGCUCAUUUCCUUGCCCACGACCGACAAUCGUUGCUGCAAACAAUCAAGAGUUGGCCCAAGGGAAUAUAUGACAUCCCCGCCGUUAUUGUAGCCGUGCAGUCCGAACUUGACAGAGCUCCUUCCUCAUCAUCAUUGAGCACAACUACUCCUGAUUCCAUAAUCCUCAUGGAAUGUCUCGCGGAACUAUAUACCACCAACCGCCAGCCAGGAAAAGCUCUUCCAUUUUUCCUUCGGCUUCGGCGUCCCAAUGUAUUCGAUCUCAUCAGAGAGAAUAACCUCUUUACCGCUGUCCAAGACCAGGCACUUUUACUGGUCGAAUUCGAUCACGAGCUCAUGGAAAAACGAAAGAAGGACGGUGAAGAUGUCGAUCCGGCCCAGAGCACUGCUAUCACAUUACUUGUGGACCACAUACACUCAGUACCAAUCGGACGGGUGGUGAGGCAGUUGCAGAGUAGGCCGUAUUAUCUCUACCUCUACUUAGAUGCUCUGUUCAACAAGGAUUCGCAUCUAACGUCUGACUAUGCGGAUAGUCAGGUCAAGCUAUACGCCGAAUACGCUCCCCAUCGUUUGAUAGACUUCCUGCGCGCCAGCAACUAUUACAAUCUAGAAGAUGCGUAUAAUGUCUGUAGCGAACGCGACCUUGUCACGGAGAUGGUCUUCCUUCUUGGUCGUAUGGGCGACAACAAGAGAGCGCUGACGCUCAUCAUAGAACGGCUCGGGGAUGUGAACAGAGCUAUCGACUUUGCCAAGGAGCAGCAUGACGAUGAUCUUUGGGAAGACCUUCUGAGGUACUCAGAAACCCGACCCGCUUUCAUCCGCGGACUGCUGGAAAAUGUUGGAGCUGAGAUCGACCCCAUACGGCUUAUCCGUCGUAUCAAGAACGGACUAGAAAUUCCCGGACUGAAGGGCGCCUUGAUAAAGAUCCUACACGACUUCAACUUGCAAAUAUCUUUACUGGAGGGCUGCCAGACCAUACUGGAAGGCGAUUGCGCGGACCUCGCGCGCACCCUCCACAAAGACCAGACUAGCGGAUUUUUCUUGAGUAUAAAAACGAUAUGCCCCAUUUGCAGCCUGCCGCUGCAGCAGUCCUCACACAGUCUGAUCCUGUUGUACCUGUGUCGGCACGUUGUGCACGCGGACUGCGUGUACGACGGUGACGCGCUUCCUGAGCAGCUUGACCAGAAUUUCGUCGACAUGGGGCUGGGCGGUGACGCAGGUAUUGGUGGGAAGAUUGCGUUUACCGCGAUGGUCAGGGCCAAGAUCAACCAGGGCUGUCCGGUUUGUCAUAGUAAGAGUGAAGGACUGCGGACGUAG